AGGUGGCGAUCCCCCUUUAGUAAAUCCUUAACGUUUGGGGGCAGUUUUACUUCGGAGGGCUCAAACUAGCGGCGGCGGCUUUUACCCGACAUUACGCCCCGUCCCGAGCACUCUUCCUUCAUUCAAUUGCACCUUAGGAAAUACUAGAUAAUUACCCAACCUUGGAUUCCGCUUGAUUGCAUCAAUGGCGUCAAAUAAGGGAAAGGACGCCCCAGCGGCGCAGGACGCUCUUAAGGAGGACCCCAGCGUCAUUGCAGACGAUGCCCAGUUUCCGGAGCCCUCUUUGUACUUCAAAGUUUUUGACUCAGAGGCGGAUGAGCCGGAGGCGAAAAUCCGGGCCGACGUAAACAAGCUCUAUGACCGGUGGAUCGAAAAGUACGGUCGCCGCUGGCCUGAGGAUGGGCUCAAUACCGAGGACAUGGUCUGGCUAGCGGAGGAAGGAAAGAAGCCAGCCCGUUCGUCGGCCCGUCCCCGCGGCAAACCGGCCGAGGUCUCCGAAUUCUACAAUGAGUUCAUCCCCGCCUCAGACGACGCUGAGGCCACUCCCGGCGCCCCCGCAGCAGCCCCCGGUGCCUCCAAAUCCCCCUCAACAGCAGCAGCCCCCGCCUCCUCCUCCUCCUCCACCACCCGCAAGCCGCGCACCGACUACGAAAAGACGGUUGCGGGCGGCAAUUGGGUCACCGAUGAGUUCGAGUCCGCGGAUUACGAAGCCGGCAACCUGGAAAAGCUGUGGGACAUGUACCUUUGGGACCGUGAGGGCAAGCCCACCAUGAUGCCCGACGGCCCACCCGCGCAACAGGAAGGCGAGGAAAGCGAGGAUUGGGACGAUUUCUACACCGCGUACCGCCCACGCGACGUCGACACGGAGGAGGCGCGCGAGGCGGUGUGGGCGACGGACGAGUUCGAGUCGGACGAGGAUAACACGGAGAGCGAGUGGGCUCCCGAGUAUGUGGGCGCGGGUUUGGGGCUGGUGGCGGAGGACCCGCUGAACCCCCAGUACUCGCUGCGGCACAGCAACCACCCGCUUGCACCCUUCCCCGGGGAGCCCCUCAAGUGGGCGUCGUACGUGUAUCCGGACUUUACCACCUACGAGGGUCUGAGCAAGCAGUCCAUCCCGCACGGCAUGGGUGUGAUGACGUUCGGUAUGGGCACGGGUGCGGGCUUCUCCAUGCGCGACACGCGAUACGGCGACAGGUACGAGGGCGAGUUCCAGGCCGGCUACGCGCACGGGCUGGGUCAGUUCACCAGCGAGAGCAGCGGCGAGGUGUACAUCGGGGAGUUCUUCGCGGGGCAGCGGCACGGUUGCGGCAUGCUGCUCAACAUGCGCCCCUACUACUACCUCCUGGAGCGGGGUGUGGAGCCGGUGGAGGCCUACCGCCGCACUGCAGGCGCCAUCAUGCGCGAGGUGGAGGUGCGCACCUGGUACCGGGGCAACAAGCUGGGCGACGCGCGGGAGGACGAGGUGGUGGCGGUGAACGUGUUGAAGGACGAGCUGGAUCCGCCGUUCGAGAUCGCACUGCGCAACAGCCUGCAUGACGCCAAGCUGCGCAAGUGGCGGGGGAUGAGCCCCAAGGAGAAGGCGCUAGACCGGCUGGUGUCCAUCAUCGAGCGAGUGCAGUCCCGCCACCCUGCCCGCCCCGCCUCCUACUACUUCGAGGACGAGACGGGCCGCGUGCGGGCUGAGCACCGGGACCACGGGGGAGACACGGACUACGACAGCAUUGAGAUGCUGCAGGGUGUUGACACGGACGGCGAGCUGGGCCCCGGUUGGGGGGUGGCGGAGGAGAGCUCGGAGCACCCCAUCGACCCACGGGUCAGGGAGCUGCUCGUGGCGGAGGGCAUGGACGACAAGAUUGAGGACGAGGCGUUCAAGGAGAGUGUGUUGGGCGGCGCCAUCGUGAACCCCUUCACCUCGCUCGACCUGAAGACCUACCUCGACGGCAAGGAGCGGCACCACAGGGACUUCGUGGCCACCUACUACCGCUCCGCGCAGGGGCGGGGCUGGGUGAAGAACAAGCUGAGGGAGCAGGGGGUGGAGGUCAAGACUGAGGACGUGUCGGACUACGUGGACCUGGUAGCGGGCCCCGGGGGCAGUGCAGGGCCCUCCUGGGGGGGGGCGGAGGGGGAGAGCGAGGCGGCGCGGCUGGCUCGGCUGUACGACAGGGCGGGGGUGAGCGGCGCGCAGGUGGAGAGGGCGGAGGAGCUGGUCAGGAGGUGGCAGCAGCUGGUGUCGGAGGACGAGGAUGUGCUGGGCAGCCGCCCCACCUACAGCCGCCCGGGUAACCCGCUGGCGCCCGACGACACGGACACGGGGUUCGAGACGGACAGCGACAUGAUGGAGAUGUGCGACAUACCCGAGAUACUCGGCACCGUGCAGGAAGCCCGCCAGGUCGUGGAGCGCGCCCGCAUGUGGCGCUUCAAGCCGUACGGCGAGGUGACCAUCCGCAUGGCGCAGGACGCGAACGGGUCGCCCGUCAACCUCAUGCAGGACCCGCUGCACUACCCGCACGGCACCAAGUUCAUGGCGCCCGGACCCUUGGGUCAGUGCCACCCCAUUCCGGAAGACCCCAGCCUGCGUGCCGAGAUGGCCAAGGUCGCCGACAACUACACCGCCAUUUACGAGAUGUACAACUUUGACUGGGAUCCGGAGCCGGGAAGCGUGCAGUACAAGAUUGAUCAGCGCAUACGCAGGGCCCAAGAGCUCCGAAACAACGCGCUGGUCCGCUACCUAGAAACCGCAGACCAGGUGGUUCGGGGCGAGGACGAG